GUCCAAGUAAUUUGUAGCGAAACUGGCUUUUGCCCAUUCUGUGGUAGAUGGUUCAGACUUUAUUCUUUCUACCACCGAUGAUGAGGAAUGAUGUACCAGCUUCAUGUGUACUGACCACAAUUUGUUUUUCUAUUUUUGCAGAUUUGAGGUGAACAAGUGCUGAGAUUAAUUUGUGUUGCGACCAAGGUUCGAAAUUUAUGUUUUGUGUUCUGAGAUAUGAUAUUGGGCUAUGUAAAAUAUGAGAUAUGAAAUUGGGCUAUGCAAAAUAUGAGAUAUAAACUUGGGCUAUGCAUACUUGUUGUUCAUAAUGUUAAUGCUUCCAUGUUAAUAUGAAUUUGAGCUAUGCAUAUUUAAAUUUCAAACUUUGUUUGUGCAUUGUAGAAUCAUCAUGUCUCACCAAGAAUUGGUUCAUUACAUUUGUGAAGAGAACAAACGAAGAAAAAGGAAAAGGAUAAUGCUCACAAAGUUGUAUUUUGAGGUGUCUAUGGUUGCAUUAGCAUAUGCUAGUACUCAGAGGUCACCGAGGGACCUAGGUGCCUUCGGUGACUUUGAGAAGAGGGUUGCAUAUAGAAAGUAUGUAUUGGCAAGAACAUACAAUGGGACGGAGACAAGAUGCUAUGAUGAGUUGCGAUUAACCAAAAGAAAUUUCCAUAAUCUUUGUGCUAUGUUGCGUGAGAAGGGUGGUCUCAAAGAUACAACCUAUGUCACGGUAGAAGAAAAUGUUGCUAUGUUCUUACAAGUAGUUGGGCAUGGAACUAAAAUGCGGAUGAUUGGCUAUGAGCGGUCUUUAGAGACAACCAGUAGGCACUUCGGUAAUGUGUUAACUGCCAUCUUAUCUCUAACUGGGGAGUUCAUCAAGCUUCCCGAGCCUACUGCCACCCCUCCCGAUGAUUACAAAUGGAAGUGGUUUCCCAAUGCACUUGCUUAUGGUGUCCUUUUUUUGCUAGCUAGAUGAUGAUGCUUUUGCCAUUUGUGUGAUAUUUCCUACAUGGAACCUUUGGCUGAAUAUAUAUAUAUGUUUUAACUAUCUACAACUUGCUAUUUCUCCUUACUUGUAUUAUAUAUGUCACUUGUAGAAGCAUGGCUGAACCAAAAAAUAAGAAGGCUAGUAGGACUUACCUUGUGUGGACUAAUGAGAUGGACACUGCAUUAUUGUCCGUUCUUGUUGACCAUCACAACAGAGGUGACCAUGCACAAAAUGGUUGGAAGCCACAUGUGUACAAUGCUUGCAUAAAGCAUGUGAAGGAGACAUGUAAUAUUGUCAUCAACAAAGACAAGAUAGUAGCAAGAAUUAAAACAUUUGACAAGCAUUAUGAAGUCAUCAACAAGAUGCUUUCCCAAAGUGGCUUUGGAUGGGAUUGGGAUAAUAACAUGGUUAGUGUUGACAGUGAUGAAGUGUGGGCUAGAUAUGUGGAGGCAAACAAGGAUGCAGCUCCAUAUAGGCACAAAGAAGUGAAGAAUUGGCAAGCUAUCUCUACUAUAUAUUCAAAAGACCAUGCCACGGGUGCAGGUGCAAGGACAGGAGGUGAGUGUGCUCAAGUUGGAUCCUCAUCCGUUCCUCAGGUGGUGGUUGAGGAUGAUGAAGAAACUCCUGAGCCGCCUAAGAAGAAGAAGCAACGCACUGCUGAUGCUAUCAUGAGCAUGGUGGGAGAGCUGAGAAUGACGUUUGAGGAGGCUUUGAACUCAACCGCCCCACUACCACCACCACCACCACCGGCAGCACCAAAGGUUACUCCUUCAUCUGAAAUCUUGGUUGAACUGAAGAAAAUACCAGAUUUGGUGGGUAAUGAGCUGUUGAUAGCUUAUGGGAAGGUCACCGCCAACGAGCGCACCUUCGAAUCACUCAUGGCACUACCCAUGGAACUGAGGAAGGCAUGGCUCAUGACCUUGCCUUGAUGAUUUGUGAGACAUAAUGUAUGUACUUUGUGCUAUUUGUGAGACAUAAUGUAUUCACUUUGUGCUAUUUGUGAGACAUAAUGUAUCCACUUUCUACUAUUUGUAAGACAUAAUGUACCCAC